CUUACCUCAUGAUGAAUUAGGAAAGGAAGAGAAUUUAUCUUCAGAAAUGGAGAGCAGUGCAUCCUUGAGUACUAGCGUGCAGAACGAUUCCCGCCCAGCCCUGGAGAAGUGUCCCAGUCCAGCCAAUGGAACCAGAGAAAUGGAUUCAGAUGAAGGUUCAAGCAUGGAGGACACUGAUUUCAACUGGGAUGAAUAUUUGGAAGAAACCGGUGCAAGUGCUGCUCCUCACACUUCAUUUAAACAUGUGGAAAUCAGCCUGCAGAGCAGCUUCCAACCGGGGAUGAAGUUAGAAGUGGCGAAUAAGAACAAUUCGGACACCUACUGGGUAGCCACCAUCAUCACCACCUGCGGGCAGCUUCUGCUGCUGCGUUACUGUGGUUACGGAGAUGACCGCCGGGCCGACUUCUGGUGUGAUGUCAUGACGGCCGACCUCCACCCGGUAGGGUGGUGUACGCAGAACAACAAGGUGCUCAUGCCACCAGACGCAAUUAAAGAGAAGUACAUCGAUUGGACGGAAUUUCUCAUUCGUGAUUUGACUGGUUCUCGAACAGCACCCGCCAAUUUACUGGAAGGUCCUCUGCGAGGGAAAAACCCUGUAGACCUCAUUACAGUUGAUUCCUUAAUAGAGCUUCAGGAUUCCCAGAACCCCUUUCAGUACUGGAUAGUUAGUGUGAUUGAAAAUGUUGGAGGAAGAUUACGCCUUCGCUAUGUGGGAUUGGAGGAGACUGAAUCCUAUGACCAGUGGUUGUUUUACUUGGAUUACAGACUUCGACCAGUCGGUUGGUGUCAAGAGAAUAAAUACAGAUUGGACCCACCUUCAGAAAUCUAUUCUUUGAAGAUUACAUCUGAGUGGAAAUGUGCUCUUGAAAAAUCCCUUAAUGAUGCUGCAAAGUUUCCUCUUCCAAUGGAAGUAUUCAAGGAUCAUGCAGAUUUAAGGAGCCAUUUCUUCACAGUUGGGAUGAAGCUGGAGGCUGUGGCCAUGAAUGAGCCAUUCAAUAUCUGUCCUGCAUCAGUGACUAAGGUUUUUAACCAUCAUUAUUUACAAGUGACGAUCGAUGACCUGAGAAUGGAGCCUAGUGAGAUCUCAAUGCUCUGCCAUGCUGAUUCCCUAGGGAUUUUACCUGUUCAGUGGUGCCUUAAAAAUGGAGUCAACCUCACACCUCCGAAGGGUCACUCCGGCCAAGACUUUGACUGGGCGGACUACCAGAAGCAGCAUGGGGCCGAGGCAGCACCGCAUUUCUGCUUUAGAAAUACUUCAUUCAGUCGGGGAUUCACAAAGAACAUGAAGCUGGAAGCAGUGAACCCCAGGAAUCCUGGAGAACUCUGCGUGGCCUCCAUUAUCACUGUGAAGGGAAGACUGAUGUGGCUUCACCUGGAAGGUCUGCAGGCUCCAGUUCCCGAGUAUAUUGUUGACGUCGAGUCGAUGGACAUCUUCCCAGUUGGCUGGUGCGAGGCGAACGCGUACCCCUUGACCCCACCACACAGAGCGCUUUUACAAAAGAAGAGAAAGAUUGCAGUCGUGCAACCAGAAAAACAAUUGCCGUCCACAGUGCCUGUUGAGAAAAUACCUCAUGACCUUUGUUCGCUCCCUCAGCCCGACACAACAGGUACCAUCAACGGGAAAUACUGCUGCCCCCAGCUCUACAUCAACCACAGGUGUUUCUCAGGCCCGUACCUCAAUAAGGGCAGAAUAGCAGAGCUACCUCAGUCCGUUGGGCCAGGCAAAUGUGUACUUGUUCUUAAAGAGGUUCUCAGCAUGGUGAUCAACGCCGCUUACAAGCCUGGAAGGGUGUUACGGGAGCUACAGCUCGUGGAAGACCCCCAGUGGAAUUUUCAAGAAGAAACCCUAAAAGCAAAAUACAGAGGCAAAACUUACAGGGCGACUGUCAAGAUCGUGCGCACAUCUGACCAGGUAGCAGAUUUUUGCCGGAGAGUCUGUGCCAAGCUGGAGUGCUGCCCGAACUUGUUUAGUCCGGUGCUGGUCACUGGAGUCUGUCCAGAGAACUGCUCCAUCCACACCAAAACCAAAUACACCUAUUAUUAUGGAAAGAGAAAGAAGAUCAUUAAGCCCCCAAUUGGGGAAAACAGUUUGGAAAGUGGACAUACCAAGCCAGCCAGGCGCAGAAAACGGCGUAAAUCCAUUUUUGUGCAGAAGAAAAGGCGAUCGUCUACAGUAGAUUUUACUGCAGCAUCUGCAGAGGAGAGUGAAGAAGAGGACCCAGAUGCUAUGGAAGAAGAUACGGGAAGUGAGGAGACCAGCUCAGAACUCCGGGACGAUCAGACGGACACAUCGUCUGCCGAGGUCCCCUCGGCCCGACCCCGGAGAGCGGUCACCCUGAGAAGCAGCACGGAAUCUGACCGCCCCCCGCCGGUGGAGAGAGCGAGGAGGAGUCGGCGGACUCCAGCCUUCUCCUAUGCCGAGGGAGACGCAGGCCCCCAGGCCAAGCAGGAGGGGACGGAGGAAGUUAAGCAAGAGGAAGAGGAGAAGCUAGUCCUGGAGAGUAACCCGCUCGAGUGGACAGUGAUGGAUGUGGUGAGGUUUAUUAAACUGACAGACUGCGCUCCGCUGGCCAAAAUAUUUCAAGAACAGGACAUUGACGGCCAAGCGCUGCUGCUGCUCACCCUGCCGACGGUGCAAGAGUGCAUGGAACUGAAGUUGGGACCCGCUAUCAAGCUGUGCCACCAGAUCGAGAGAGUCAAAGUGGCUUUCUAUGCACAGUACGCCAACUGACCCUUCAGGCUCCUCGGCCUGGCUGGUGAGGGGAAGGAAGAGGGAGGGCAUUCACCUGAAGGCCACAUGCUUUCCAAGCAGGCAGUUGAAAUGUGCAGCCCCAAGACACCUCUGUAAAGGAUGCGCCCCAUGCAUCCGCCCUCUCCCACCAGGCCUGCUCAACAUUUCCAUGUUUAUAAAGCACAUCCAAUUGCUGCCACAGCCGCUUCUCAAGAGCAAAACUGAGUGUUCUACACGGUGGCCCGCCACAGCCUGACAGACGCUCCGGUUUCUGCCCUGGCUACCCUCCCGUUGAGAUUCCCCAACCAGCCAGACACAUUCCCACAAGGAAAAUGUUCGGGAUCAAACUGGUUCGUCCUUCAUCACAACAGGAUAAUGGGCUCUGCUGAACACAGUGAUCUUCGAACACAUUCCUUACACACUUCUUUCAUAUUGAAAUGUGUGUCUGGGGUGGUGUAGAGUGACCUUUGGCUCCCUCGCCCUUUACCCUUCUUGGUGGUCAAUCUCUUUCUGCCUUGUACCAAUGAGAGCCUUGCGGGCCCUAGUAACACGACGUGAUCGAAAGCGAAGCUGAAACGUAACUAAAGCUCCGUUCUGGGCCGGAAUCUGUCGCUCAGGAGAAACAUUUGAGAAGAAAAGAGACAUACAUGAAGCAGCGGCGGCGGAGCCAAAUGUGGUGUUAGACUCUCCCUUCGCCCCCCCAGCCCCGCAAUUUCCCCAGAACCAGGUCAGCUCAGGGGCAGGUUCAUUCACAGUCUGACUGCAAGGAGCCCAGGAGGUGAAGGCACACGACUAGAUGUGUAGGCUUCUCAAAAUCCACAUCCACUGGGGCAGAAGCAGGAGUCAAGGCUCAGGAGUCAAGGAGCAGGAGUCAAGCUCAGUUGGGCUGGGGCGGGGGGGUCCCAGAUGACUCACACACCUGGAGGCCUGUGGCCUGGUUAGCCAGGGCUCAUUAAAUGUCUGUGGUCACCCUCCUGGCUCGACCCCCACUCUCUCGGAAGCUGCUCGGGUCAGGAGACUGGGGAUGGGGCCGAGGCAGGAGGGCCCAUAGAAUCAGGCACAUCAAAGCAGUCCCCGCUCCACCCUCCAUCUUGCUAUGAAAAGGGUAGCUUCCCCAGCUUGAGCCUCCCUGCAAUUCUUCUCGAUACAGGAUUUAAGCAAGUCCUUUUUCACAUUCACUGUCAUCUCUACCUACUCUGCCUUGAUAUCCAGUGAAGACAGAUUUUUUUCCUUGGCACCACUAAAAGUCUCACUUCCUUUUUUGGACCUUUGACUGCCUAUUAUCAUAAAAAAAAAAUAUCUCCUCUCCCUGGCUUGGGGCCCCAGCUUUCCUUGACUGCUUAAACUUUGGUGAGUCUCUUUACCCUUUGCCCAAGUUUGGAAGCGGCUCGGGGAUGUUUCCUCUGCAUCAGUAGUUGUUUUGGACCUUCAUGGUGCUUUCCAAGGAAUCGUUUUAGUCCUUUGCGGAUCUGAAGAGCACCCCAAGUUCCCCAAGGAUUCGAGUCAUUCAGAGGUUAGGCUCAAAAGCCAUUGUUUCGCCCCCUCAAACUGGUGCUUUUUGAAAGGAUCUACCUUGAUCACUAGGUAUCUUUCCCCAGAAAAAAAAAAAAAAAACUGCUGUAAUUCUCUUGAAGCCAUCAUUUUGGCUCAGUUCCUUUAGGGACAAUGUGAAAGCUUUUUUACCUGUUUAAAAGAGAGACCAGAGAUAAAAUAAUAAAGCAUUUGAAGCUAAAAUGAGAAAAGAGAGAUCACCAUUUCUCGUGGAGUUGAGUCCUUUUGCUUUGGACAGAAAACAAAAAGUAAAGUUCUAACCUCCAGUGCAUGGAUUUUAUAAUGGGGUCCCUGAUGGGUCAUUAACUGGAACACUGCCAGAGGGGCCUAUUGUACUGUGAGAAUCGUAGGCCAUGACUUAUGGUUAAGUUGCAGCAGCAUUUCCCCUUCUGCAAACUAGAGUUUUGUGGCCAUCUGAUUUUCUCUCGCCUUUUAGCCUUAAACACUCAGUCCAGGACACAACUGAGCCAUGACCAUCCCAAUCCAGGACGCAACUGAGCCACGAUCGUCCCCGUUUCAAGAAAACCGGGACCUUCCCUGUGCUGAGUCCUGACUGGGCCUGCAGAGGGGUCUCUGUGAACCAAGCGGGUCUUGAGUCUUCAGGAUCUGGAGGGAGGAGGGGCUACCAGCGGCCCAGCAGCACAUUCUGCCAAUGUCCUGCUCUUCAGUCCAACCCAUUCACCCUUCUUCGCUCAUCAGGAACUGCAUACUGGUGUCCAGAGAGGAAUUACGAAGCGGAGAGGGCAUGUGGAUUGAAGGCAGUGGGAGGUGAAUCCUACCCAGCAACUUGGGAUAAGCAAGCUUUCUGACUUGGUCUCACUUCCCAGUCUCCGUCCACCAACCCAGUCUGGAAACCAUUCCUGUCUCCAGGACCUCCAACGAGGGACUGGUGGGCAGACGCUGUCCAUGAUGCCGACACCUCUGCUUGGGAGGUGUCAAAAGACAGACACCUCCAUUUCCCUGACCUGCCCUAUUCUCCCUUGGCCAUCGGCUGCAGUGGGGGACAUUUUGGUCAGGAGUAGUUUUGCACCCUCCGGUCUUGCCGGCAAACCUAUCUCCUGUCGGCUGGACAUUUUGUUUCUGGCCUGUGGAGCAACGAGAUUAUUGACUGUCCUGUUCCUGGAACCGUCUCUGCAUCAUGUUGCCAGAGAAAACCCGAGAUGUUGCCAGGUACCAUUGGGCCUUGGGCGAGGCCUUUGGUUUGCUUCGCCGUCACGGCUCGUGUCUUCCCUCCGCUCCCCUACCCUGGAGAGCCUGGCAGUGUACGAGGUUGCCAGGGAUGCCGAUGUGGGUGGGCUGUGCAGGGAAUUGGGGUGGGGGGACUGGCGGGGUCCAUUGUCAAGAUUUUGCCAGUUCCCCGCCUGGAGCCGCAGCUGACCAGUUCUGCACUCAGCCCAGCGUGGAAUUCAUCCCCAUUUGGAGCCACUGCUAGGGCCAGAAUCCCACCUUCUAGAAUGUGUGGGUCAGCCCCAAGACUGUAGCUCAGUGGGAAGCUGCUGCUGGCCUGAGGCAUCCUUGGCAUUCUCACCUUCAAAUUCCCAACACCUCCUGGGGCCCUGUGGGCCCUGGGCCACAAGCUCGUGGAGUUGCUCCAAAUUCCUCCCAGUUCCCUCCUCCUCUUCUGCCCAUCUCUGGACUCAGGACUCCCCAUCCCCUUCCCAUGUGGCCCCCCCCUACCCUGGACUGCCCCACUCUUCUCCCUGUCCCCCACUUUGCUGGCCCACAUGGAGUGUGAGCAAUGGAACAAAAAACAAGAAAUGUCUGGGAUCAUGGGCUGAGAUAGUCAUUUACGUGUAUUCUCAACCCAAACCAGAAUCAGGGGUGAGGGGUAGUUUUAGCCUUGGUGCAGUCAAAGCUUUGUCAUCUCGCCUGACUGGUGAGUGGGAGGUGUCGGAUAGACGGGGCAGGGAGAGGGCUGCCCAGCAAGGGGCAUGGGAGAACCACACAGAGGCUUUUGGACUGGUCCCCCAGUGGCCCUUGAGGGUGGGAGAAGACAUUUGACUUAUCAGGUUAGGAAAUAACCUGUAUGAGUUAGAGCGCUUGCUCAUUAUCUUAGCAGAGCCGGAGAGGAGGGUCUAGAGUGGGGAAGGGGAGCAAUCCAUAGUUUGGGGUGGAGGAGGGGCUUCAGACUUUCCCAUUUCUGGAGGCUUGCAGAUGAUAACGGGCCCAGAUAACAAAGCUUCUAUUAUGUAGUCUUGGUGCAGUGAAAAGUAUUCUCUCCCACUGCUUCUCCUUUCCUCUAAAGGCUUUAAUUAUGAGAUGGAACUAUGAGGCUGAGAGAGUAGAAUUAUACUUGGGCUGAGCAGAGAGAUGGGGCCAUUCUAAUGAAGGCCUAUCUGAAUCUCCCCAUCUCCUCCCAGGUCCCUGGCAGGCAAGCAGGGACCUCGGCAGGCGGGGACAGCCUCUUGCUUUUUCUUUCGCCCAACUAUUUGCGCUAAGCAAUGUUUCCCAUGAAACAGCUAUAUUUUGGAAGCACUAGGGUUUUUCAUACUUACUUUGUAACAACAGUUUCUAUUUCUUUACCAAUUGUACAUAGGCCUGAAAACAGAAACCAUGGGCUUUGGAUAAGGUUAACCCAUGAUGUGGAGAUUUGAAAUGUUCAAAUCUGCUUAUUCGUCAAGAUUGUGAGUCCAGUGUCCCCACCCUAAUCCUUUCGGCUUUAAGGGUCUGUAAUGGAACAUGCAGUGAAGUGAGUUGAAGGAAAUCGGUUACUGAAGAAGAAACCUUUGGAUGUGGGGGGAGAAGGGGAGAGAGAGAGAGAGAG